AUGGAGGAUACAACCAGAGCUCUGACAGCAGCCCUGGCUCCUACAGCCAGGGAGGAUAUGGCAGUUAUGGACAGCCUCAGAGGAUAUGGUUCUCCACCGUCUAACCAGGGUGGAGGGGGAUAUAAUCACUCUGGUCAGUCCUACAGCUCUGGAGGCUACAGCGGCAGCAGCAGCAGCAACAACCAACCGUCCAGCACCAGCUACAACCAGCAGUCCUCCUUCUCUGGUUACAGUCAGCAGCAGCCUCCUUCUUCGUCCUCUGGAGGUUAUGAAGGAAACUCGCCGGCCGCUGGCUACAACCAGCCACCAGGCGGUGGACAGAGUGGAGGUGGCUAUGGUAGCAGCGGAGGUCAGUCGGGUGGAUAUGGGGGCAGUGGGAGUCAACAACCACCCCAACACGGAGGAGGUCACUACAACCAUCCUUCAAGCUACAACUCCCCCCCUCCACAAAGCUACAGUCAGCAGAGCCAGUAUGGUGGUCAAGGUGGAGGAUAUGGAGACGAAAGCCCACCAUUGAGUGGAGGAGGAGGUGGUGGAGGUUACGGUGGCCCAGAUGGAGGUUAUGGAAGCCAGGAUGGCCACAGUGGCAGGGGCCGUGGGGGUGGAUUUGGAGGUCGUGGUGGCGGUGGAUAUGAUCACGGUUUUGACCGAGGAGGCCGAGGUGGACCAAGAGGAAGAGGCGGCAUGGGAAUGGGCGAUCGUGGAGGAUUCAAUAAGUUUGGUGGACCAAGGGACUCGGGAUAUGGACAUGGAGGACCAGGCUUCAUGCAAGACCAGGAUAACUCUGAUAAUAACACCAUCUUCGUGCAAGGCCUGGGAGACGACUACACUGUUGAAUCAGUGGCUGACUUUUUUAAGCAGAUUGGGAUUAUUAAGGUCAACAAGAAGACAGGCCUUCCAAUGAUCAACCUGUACACAGACAGAGAGACAGGGAAGCUGAAGGGGGAAGCUACGGUUUCCUUCGAUGAUCCCCCCUCAGCUAAAGCUGCCAUCGACUGGUUUGAUGGGAAGGACUUCAAUGGAAAUCCCAUCAAGGUGUCCUUUGCCACUCGGAGAGCUGACUUCGGAGGCCGAGGCAGCAUGAGGGGGGGUCGAGGACGAGGAGGGCCGAUGGGUCGUGGUGGAUUUGGAGGAGGUCGAGGUGGAGGUUUCCCAGGAGGCAACGGAGGUGGUGGUGGUGGUGGUGGUGGUGGAGGAGGAGGAGGAGGGGGAGCAGGAGGAGGAGGAGGAGGAGGACAGCAGAGAGCCGGAGACUGGAAGUGUUCGAACCCAAACUGUGGAAACCUGAACUUCUCGUGGCGUAACGAGUGUAACCAGUGCAAGGCUCCUAAACCUGAGGACGCUGGUGGGAUGUCUCCUAUGGAAAGAGGUUACGGAGGAGAGCGCAGAGGGGGUUUUGACCGAGGCGGCUUCAGAGGCCGAGGCGGCGACCGCGGAGGCUUCAGAGGCGGCCGAGGUGGCGACCGGGGCGGAUACGGCUCCGGCAAGAUGGAUGCAAGGGGUGACCGCAGACAGGAGCGGCGGGGUCGUCCCUAUUAA